AUGGAGGGAUUCUUGCUCAUCCCCCCAGAUCGGGGGACAAUCAUAGGAAGGGCUGUUUGGAAGACCCGAUAUGUAGUUGUUGGAAGCCCCCAGAGGGAUGGGUCCCAGCCAAACUUGAGUCUGUCCCAAGUCUUGUCAGCCAAAAGCAUCAAAGAAGCGCGUGGCCAAGUCUCGAAACCGAAGCCCCUGCCUGACGCCAUAUAUCUUUCGAUCUAUAAGUCCAAAGACGACUGGGAAGCUGUGCAGCAGCACUCGAUAUCCUCAAUCACAGACUGUACUGUACAGAUGAUUGCGCAUCGAAAACAGGGACCCGUGCUCCCGACGCUCAUCCUUCAGGUGUCACCGGAUCCGGCGACAGAUAAGCUGCGGAAACGGAGGUCCAGCCGGACUGCAGGGCUGACCACGACGAAAGAGUUUGGGCCAACCACGCUGCAUUUUCGACCCGGGGACGACACGUAUAGCCUGAACGACUGGGCUCGGUAUAUAUCAUCUCUCAUCCAACCUGGAGUUCCUGAGAGAGCGCCAAUGAGUCCGAUUACACCCAUGUCUCCCACCUUUAUUAACCCCUUCGCAACGGCCCAACCUCGAGAUGCCUCCGAAUAUACGAUGCGGCCAUCCAGCUCGAAGCAAAAUACUGCCCGACCUCAGAUGCAACAUACGCAGUCCAGCCAAUCACGGUCCAGCAGGGAACGCCCUGUAACAUUUUCGUCGGAAAGUCCUAGCUUACGGUCGCGCAGGAGUGAUAUCUCGUCUCACGCAAGCUCUGUGAAUGCUAUGGGGAUGGGAUAUGUCUUACAUGGGCAACAUUACACAACGGUCCUGCCAACGGAUUUGCCAUCGCCUGCUGCGACGGUCGGCGAGUUCCAGGGCGAGUAUAUGCUGGGCUGGACCUCUGCCCAGGGCAGAUCCUCGGUUCUCAGCUCGCCUACCCGAACAAGAGGGAGUGUGAGCUCACAAGGUCAGCAGGGUGCACAACUGUCCAGCUCGCCGCCGUUCCCCCGGGAGACCAUCUUGGACAGGGCUUUCCAGAUGCGGUACAUCCCCGGCUCGGAUCGCGACGUCCCCGGGGAGGAGAAGCUUAGUUCGCUUGCGAGAUUUGAUGCGCUGAUGCGCGAGGCUGAGGAGCGGCGGAGGAAGGAGAGGCAGGACCAGGCGCUCGCGUCGCCGCCUAUGACCAGCACGUGGGAAGAAGACGAGGAUUCCGACGACGAUGAUCUCAACGACGAGGUCGAUGAAGACGAGUCAACCGACGACGACGCAUUUGAAGAGGAGGCGACGGGUGAAAGGACGGGAAUGGGUCCGUCGGCGCAACGGGCGUUGCAUUAUAUUUCCAACCCACAUCGACACAGUGCCAUUGCUCCAGGCGGUAGGACGUCUCUCAGUUUCCACGCAGGUAUGACCGCCGCCGAUGGCUCGUCUAUCCUGCGCCCACACACGGCGCACUCGAAGCCCCGGCCUGUCAUGUCGCCGCGCACCAGCAGCCAGCCGCAAGUGCCGCUGGAGAUGGCGGCCGCCCCAAUCCGCGAAGAAAGCAUUUCGCGGCCCCACCACGAGAAGCGACAUUCCACGUCCAGCGUGAAGCGCCUCAGUUUCAACGACUUCACGAAGCGGCUGAGUAGCACGAGCAGUCUCCUUCUUGUACAGACCAACGCUAGCAGCGGCAGCCGGGGCAGCAGCGAGUACGAGGCUCCACAGCAGACCACUCCACGGAACGGCAUGAACCCCAGAAGUAUUCCGCCGCCUCGCUCACCCCAGGACCAGGAGAAGUGCGGCUGGCGCGGCAGCGUCGGCGUGUUCGGCGGCGGCGAAGGCGGCUUCCUGUGA